GGCCUGCGGCCCAUCUUAACAGCAUAGCGCGACCGGAGCGCUCGAUAUAAAAAGCGUGACGAGUGUCUGCAAUUCUCCCUCAGUUUUUUUUUGGUGCCGUGCCGUGAGUGUUUCGUUUCUUUUGAUACACGAUUGAAGCCUAAUAAAAAACCCCCCUCUCGACUGCGACUGCGACUGCUGGGAAGGAAGUUGCCGGAUUACGCCCAGAAGGCGGUGCUUUGUAAGUGUUUUUCGAUUUUGAAGAUGAGUUAAUGAAUUUGAGAGAUGCUUUGCAAAUUGGUGAUGACAGUGAUGUUGUGGUCAAUAUGGCUUUCCGAUUAUUUAUGAUGGCAGCUGACCAAAACUUCACCAGAGGGCGCAGAAGUGAACUAGUACUCUCUUCCUGUCUCUACUUGGCUUGCAGGAAAAAGAAAAUUGCGGUUCUUCUUAUUGAUUUUUCAAGCUACCUUCGAGUUUCCGUUUACGAGUUAGGUUCUGUCUACUUGCAACUCUGUGAACUGUUCUAUAUGGUGGAUAACCCGAACCGUGAGGACCUUGAGGAGCUUGUUGAUCCUUCAAUCUUCAUUGAACGAUUCACAAAAGGCUUAUUGAAAGGUGGUGCACAUGGCAAGAAAACAAAAGAAGAUGUCAUGAAAACGACCGAGAACAUUAUCUCAAGUAUGAAGAGAGAUUGGAUGCAGACUGGCCGGAAACCAAGUGGAAUAUGUGGAGCAGCAAUGUACAUAGCUGCCAUUUCUCAGGGUAUCACCUGCUCGACGACAGAUAUUGCACACAUUGUGCAUAUGUGUGGAGCAACAAUAACCAAAAGAUUGAAUGAGUUUGCUAAUACCGAAGCUGCAAGUUUAACUGUUGAGGAGCUCGAUAAAAGCAAAAGUAUACCUUUUACGCCAAGACCAAAUUCUGACAAAGAAGUAGUGAACUGUAAACAUAAGGAUUCACAAAGUUUUGGUUAUGGAUUAUGCAAGGACUGUCACGAAAAGUUCAUGAAAGUUUCUGGUGGAGUUGUUGGUGGGUCGGAUCCUCCUGCUUUCCAGCGAGCAGAGAAAGAGAGAAUGGCAAAAGCAGCUAGAGAAGAAAACGAGGGAGGAGGCAUUGAGAAAAUCGAAGAAGAACCAUACUGGAAUGCUGAAGCUUCGGAUGAAUCAGACAAUCUUUCUGACCUCGAUGGUGACCCUGUGGUGGAUGGCUGUAUUCUUGACGAGGACGAAAAGGUAGCCAUGAAGAAAUCAUGGGAGUUUCUUAACAGAGACUGGCUUAAGGAGCAAGCAGAUAAGGAAGCAGCUCUGAAGACUGCUAGUGAAGCUUUCAACGCGAGCAAUGCUAAUUGCCCUGAAUACGCAAGAAAUCUUGUUGAAGCUUCUAAAGCAUCUGUGACUAAUUCUAGAAAGGAAAAGCGAAAAAAACGUGCAGAGGAAGCAAAGAACGCGCCUCCCGCAUCCACACCUUUGGAAGCUGUUACCAGAGCGCUUGAUAGAAAGAAUAUCAGUUUCAACUACGAACUUUUGGAAGAGCUCUUAGAUACUUCCUCAGGUGAGAAGUCUCACAAGAAAUCAAGAACCGAAACAGUUAUAGAGAAGAAGAAGAAGGAAGUUGAAAUUGAAGAGGAGGAAGAAGAAGAAGCUGAAGAAGAUGAAGAACAACCAUACGAAAUGAACACAGAUGAGAAAUUCUAUGAAGACCAAGUAGAAGAGGAAAAGGAUGAGGAUGGUUAUGAUUUUGGAUUGUAUUAAUAUAUUAUCUAAUUAUAUUAUAUUUUUAUUCAUUUUUGUUUUGCCGGACUGGUUAAACAAAUUUAUGUGCAUCAGUGUAUUAUAA